UUCACGCUUUCCACGUGUCGAACGACGAGGGAGGUGACGGCGAGAAUUUGGCAGCGUGUGCAGAACGGCAUUGGCGUGUUACUACGAGGCACCACAGUUGUUAUAUCGUGAUUGAACAUCACGGCAAUAUACGACUCUCGGGAGUUGAGCAACUGGCACGGUCGACGUUGGGUGGGGUGCGCAGGCUGAGCGACUUCACCACGCACAAGUCCGCACUCGACACUUGAUCAUGUCUCAAAACGAUGCGUUUCACAUGCUCACGGCGGGCCUUCGCGUCCGUCGGCCAGCCUCAAGCACCGGCAUGGCUGCACAGCGAGGCAAAAAGUCGUCCAUGUUCACCCUUGACACUACAACGGCUGACACAGACUCUUCCCAAGAGGACGUUGCCGCAUUGCGUAAGCGCCACCGCAUUCAUGUGCGUGGCAGCGACGUCCCCGCACCUGUCACGAGCUUUGCCCAACUGGGAAAGCCUGCUGCGGGCCCUGCUGCCAGCUCAGGGCUGCUCCAGGCACUGACUGAGUUUUUCAAGGAACCCAGUCCCAUCCAGAUGCAAGCUAUUCCAGCGCUUCUGUCCAACCGCGAUGUUGUUGGCGUCGCUCCUACUGGCUCCGGUAAAACCCUGGCCUUUGCAGUACCCAUGAUGCAGCUCUUGCAGGCCCCAAAGGAGGAAGGCUUCCGCUGUUGUAUUUUGGCUCCCACUCGAGAACUGGCAGCUCAGAUCAAGCGCGAACUGGAUCUGCUCAACACCCACUUGCACUUGAAGAUUAGCCUUCUCACCAAGGCCCGGGCCGCUUCAGGCAGCCUGACGUCAAGCAAAAAACAUGGUUGGUGGCCUGGUUGCCCCAAAAUGAUCCCGGUCUGUCCAAAGGUUUUGCUCAAGCUCACUUGGUGUAUGCGUGCUCGCCCAGACAUCUUGGUGGCCACCCCCAUGCGUUUGGUACAUGCUUUGCAGCACAAAUUGGUGGAUUUGAGCGCCGUGCGCUGGCUUGUUGUUGAUGAGGCCGAUCGGCUCUUCGAAAAUGGCUUUGAACAGCAGAUCGAUGAGGUGAUUGCUGCCUGUUCUCACAAAAAGCGCCGCAUUGCUCUCUUCAGUGCCACCAUGCCUGAACGUGUCGAGACGUUGGCCCAGACAGUACUGCAUGAUUACGUCCGCAUUGUCGUGGGUGCGGCAAACGCUGCCAACCAGGACGUUGAACAAGAGUUGAAGUUUGUGGGCAGUGAAGAAGGCAAAAUGACUGCCAUUCGUCAGAUGCUGCAGACGGGCCUGCAGCCACCCGUACUCAUUUUCGUGCAGUCCAAGUCGCGAGCGCAGCAGUUGUUUGAGGAGCUGGUGUACGAAAAUGUCAACGUCGACGUGAUCCACGCUGACCGCACACAGCAGCAGCGCGAUGAAGUUGUCAAGCGCUUCCGUGAAGGCCAAGUUUGGGUUCUUAUUUGUACCGACCUCAUGGGCCGUGGUGUUGAUUUCAAGGCGGUUAAUGUCGUCAUCAACUAUGACUUUCCCCCCAACGCCACUGAAUACAUCCAUCGUGUUGGUCGUACCGGUCGUGCUGGCCAUCGGGGCCGUGCCGUGACAUUUUUUACCGUUGAUGACCGACCCAUGCUGCGCAACAUUGCCAACGUGGUCAAAGCGUCUGGAUCGGAAGUGCCAGAGUGGAUGCUCAAGCUCAAGAAAACGGAAAAGCAACGGUCCCGUCAGAUUGAGCGUGCGCCAGUCAGCAGCAAUCCCAACGUCCAGGCUGCCGACAAGAAGACCAAGGCCAAGCGGGCGCAAAAGGCGAGCGAUGCCGGUGCCGCGCCUCCGAAGAAGGGAAAGCAUCGCUCUACGACACGGGGCAGCACCAAGGGGGCGUCCGCCUAGGCGACUACCGUGCCUCACAGCUUUAAAUUUUACCUCCCUUUGCCGCUACAAUCGAGUGCUUUAGAAAAGU